UGCUUUUUAAACUUGAAUCAUGUCGAGAAAGCUUGGGAAUCAUGAAUAAGGAUUCCAUAGUUUUUUUUCCUAUUUCAAUUUAUCUGGUAUUGUACAAGUUUUCCGAAUCUAGCUCUUGGUGGAAAAAAUAUCAUUCUAGGCCGUUGGUGGAAAAAAUACCAUAAUAUUAGAAAGUGAAACCCCAGUCCCCAGACUCCUCACACACUCUCUCAGAAGUAAAUCAGGAUGAUCAUGAUGUUUGUGGUGAAGUUAAAGCAGCAAUAACGAAUGUUCUUGAGGUGGCGGAUUACAACAAUCCUAUGAUUGUUGAAGAAGAAGAAGAACCAGACAAGGAUCAAAGCAACAGGACUCCUCCUUCUACUCCCGAUGAGAAUGCAGGAAUGGGAAAACUGGAACAUCUGGAUAUCCUGUUAAACAUCAUUGUCAGAUUGCCUGUAAAGUCAAUCUUGCGGUUCAGGUGUGUUUCGAAAGCCUGGUGCAAGUUGUUGAAAGACCCUCAGUUUGUCAGAGAACACCUAAAUCAUGCAAUUGAAAUGAAUAAGUUCAGUGUAAUGAUACUUUCUUAUGGAUUGCAAUAUUGUUCUGAUAAUCAUACCGAUACCUACAUUGUAGCUUAUGAUCCGUUACUGUCUACACCGAGUAACCACCCUGUUCAUAUAAAUUCUCCUUCGAGAUGUGAAGAUUGGGCAACUACGGAGUUUAAGGAAGUGCCAGUUUUACCAAAUGAGCUAGCAAUUGAUUAUAUUUGCUGUAAAUAUGCAUUUGGUUAUGAUGACGAGGUUGAUGAUUUUAAGGUUGUAAGUUUUGUGGGGUGGCUUGAGGAGAAUUGGGUAGUCCAUGUAUAUACCCUUAAAUCUAAUUCAUGGAGAAGGCUUGAGAAUAUAUCUUCUGAGCUUUGUGCAGAAGAUCUCGUUAUGUCUCAAGUAAGUGUUAAUGGAGCUCCACAUUGGUUAGCAUCAACUGGCUCUGAGGGACACAAAGUCAUAGCCUCUUUUUGUUUCAAGGAUGACAGAUUCAAGGAGAUGCCCCUACCCAACGUUUCUGAUGAGUAUGUCGAAACACGAUUGUGUUCAUUGGGAGGGUCCCUCUGCUUACUUGGUUCUAUUGGCAGUCGCACUGAUUUAUGGGAGAUGAAGAAGUAUGGAGUGGCUGAAUCAUGGGCUAAACUUUUCACCUUUCCGUACACUUCAGAGUUGGUUUCGCUUCAGUUUGUCAACAAUGCUGAGGUUUUAUUAGGAUAUGACACUGAUGAUAGUUAUCGUCUGGAUUUGUUUAGCUUAAAGCUGGGAACAUCCACAAAUCUCAAAGCUUAUGCUAAGCAGGAUUCAUUCAAUGCCACUAGCUUUGUCUACGUGGAGAGCCUUGUAGCACUUAAUUCAGGAACUUAUGUUGGUCAAGUAGACAAAGACUUGGAAAAUGACAGUGAGUCAGAAGACGAAGACGAAGACUCAGCAAAUGAUACUGGGGCGAAAAGGGAAAGACCGCAAAGAUGGGGUGAGUAUUUAUUGCUGUUAUGUUUAGUUUGA